GUAUAUAAAGGUUUUGUACCUCUUCCUUGGUAGCGACAGUAAAGAUCGAGCCGCCAACCCAAAGACCACCAACAUGAAGCUUCUGUGCAGUGUGCUAAUCCUUGCCAGCGUUCUGGCCGCCAACGCCAAACCCAAUGUUCAGCUGCAGCUGCAGAGUGCCCUGGACCAGUAUCUGGUGCACGCCCGCAAUCUGGAUGCCACCGUUUCCGCGGAUGUGACCACCCAGUGCUUCAACCUCUAUCUGCCCAUGCUGAACGAGGUGGCCGCCACCUUCUCCACUUCCUACCAGACCUGCAUCAGCACCGCCAAUGCUGAGACCGCCAAUCUGACCGCCGAGGCCGACAAGCAGCAGAAGAUCUACCAGGCGGAGGUCACCAGCCUCUGCAGCGCCUUCACCGCCUGCAACAGCGACAACGACACCACUACCUUCUUCAACUGCUACGCCAGUGCGGCUGAGAGUGACGUCUCUGUGAUCUACGACAUCGCCACCAAUGCCGCCACUUCGGCCAGCACCCUGAGCAUGGGCAUCCAGGCCAUUCAGGCCACCGAGUACCAGUGCACCAACACCACGGAGAGUAACUACGUCCGGGAUACCGCUGCCACCUACGAUCUGCUGGACAGCUGCCUGAAGUACGGAGUGCCCACCACCUCCACCGCCGCCCCCUCCUCCUCCAGCCCCGUUGCUAGCUCGAGCGGGGCUCCUGUCACUGAUGGCACCACUGUUGCUGCAUCGUCCACCGCCUCUGCUGGCACCACUGUGGCUGUGACCACCGCCUCUCCCGGCACCACUGUUGUUGCAUCGUCCACCACCUCCGCUGGCACCACUGUGACCACCGCUGCACCCGGAACUCCUGCUGCGGCAACCACGGCCGCUGCUGGCACUCCGGCCUCUUCUUAAGUCACAACUUCGAGUAAUCGCAAGCAAUAAAUGAGCAUUUAAAAAAAAA